AAGUCGAGGAGAAGAUGAGUAUGAAGAGAUGUGGAGUGUGGAUGGGGGGAGAAGGGACGAGAGCGAGUGGAUAUAUAUAAGAAUGAAGCAGCAAUGGGAAGAUGGAUAAGGUAAAUCAACUAAACCGAUAAAUCAUUGGUAAACCAAGCCAUAAGGUAAGGCAGGUAAAAAUAAAAUAGACAUUACGCCGGUGUCCGAUAGCGACGUUGGUAAACUUGGAUAACUUGGCAACUUGGCCCUGUGUCUGCAUUGGGAAAGCGCGAUGUUGCAAACUUGCAGUCGUUCCCGUCUCUUUUUUUUCGCACUUACCGUCGAUGCCUGAGGAUCGAGAAGUCUGUGCGAAUGAGGGACCAAGAACCACAUCCACAUCCACAUCUACAUCCACAUCCACCAGGUCAACCCGCAUCAAUCAGCCAUCAUCCAUCAUCUCCUCAAUCCAUCUCUUCAAUAGUAAUCAAUCAAUCAAUCAGCCCACAGCCUCGAAGCUGCAGCCACAUCCACAUCCACAUCCACAUCCACAUCCACAUCCACAUCCGCCUCAAACACCCCAGGUGCGUCCCGCUCACCCCGCUUGCUGCACAUCAUCGUCAUUCAAACUUUCUUCUAAUUUUGGUCUCAUUGGCGCCACUGGCGUCUUCUUCUCCCGUCUUGACUCUGCGAACUGCGACAACUUCUGCGCGCGGCGGCCAGCGGUACGAACCCGUCUUACCAGAUCCGAAUCAGCAGCAUACAACGUAUGCUCCGAGAGACAAGAGACAUAAUUAUUGCCCGUAUGCGAUAACACAAUCGGGCGCCCGCCGUCGAGGUAGGGCUGUCUUGGCCUGGGCUUGGCCUUCCAUCGGCCCGUUCAUGAUUAAUCGCAGCUGCACCCUGCACCCUGGGCUAAGAAGAUCCUGCAAAUAGUCCCCGAGCUGCCGGAGAUAUGUCGUGCCAGCAGAGAGAGACAAGAGAGAGGCGCCUGUGUCAGUGCAUCGUCCUGCACCCGCUGUACUAGGCACUCCGAGUCGUGCAGCAGUUGUAGUAGAGAAGGCGGCGGGAUACCAAGAUGCAGACAUCAUCGCUGUUGGCUCUCAGCUACCCAGGUGUCCGCGAACCUCGUCCGUCGCUGGC